CGUUGCCCCACAGCGCGAGUGCAAACCUCUACGGGGAUGUGAGUGAUCGGAGUAAGUUCAAGUGAUGUGGGUGAAGUGAACAUGAAAAUGGUAGUGGUUCUGUUGCUUGGGAUGUUUUUGGCUCGAACUGUGUCCCACACAAUAACCUCGCUGUCCGUCCCUCGGUGGACGGACCCCCACAAGGAGGCCGAGCUCCGUUGUCAGUACACGCGACAACGGAACGACCCGGCACUCCACUCCGUCAAGUGGUACCGCGGUACACACGAGAUCUUCCGGUAUACACCGCAGGAGUUCGAUAGCACACAGACCUUCAACGAGUCAGUGACGAACAGUUCGUGCAACCUCCAAGAGUGUAUAAUCAUGGUCCGGCCCGAACGAGGCACGGCCAAAUACACGUGUGAGGUCUCGAGCGAAGGUCCUCGGUUCGCAGUAGACCGCAGAUCAGCUAAUAUGACACUAGCGGUACUACCAGAGUAUGACCCACUCAUCACGGGUCUGCCGACGCUAGUGCAGACAGGAGAACAGGCACUCAUAAACUGCACGUCAGAUUAUUCGCUACCAGCAGCGACAAUAGAUUGGUUCGUGGACUCCGAACCACAGGAGGACCCCCUAAUAACGCACCCAACACACAUAUCGGGGCCGGACAGCGAGGGCCUACGCGCGUCGUGGCGGACGCUCCGUGUGUACCCGGACGAUUACGAAACGCAUCGCGGCUACCUCGCGCUCCGGUGUCGAGCCACUGUACCGACUCGCCCGCCGAAUAUCCGCGCGAUGUCCGUGCGGUUAAGCGGCAGCGGGCAGCGCACGCCACCGCCUCCGCUCGGAGAUGAUCGUAUGGACUUUACUACUGCUGGCUAG